CAUCUACUGGGAAGCACCUCCACUUUCAACCGACAGUAGCGUCUUCGCCUCCAUCGCCGCUCCCAUUCUGCCGACCAGUUCAACCUGUGUCUGCGUCCCGAGUCGCGAGGAGCGGCACCUAGGGCCCUUUGUAGUGCAAUUACGAUUACUAUGGGAAGCUGGGCGCGCCGAAUGCUCCGCCAGCCAAGGCCGUGACCGCUAUUACCUCACCGUCACCCCGUACCGUACAAUUCAAGGCGCUGCGCCGUCCAGGAUACGACGACUAGAACAUGGCGCCGCGUCGCUCCCACAAAAAGUCAAGGGCCGGGUGCCGCCGGUGCAAGUCGCGCAAGAUCAAGUGCGACGAAGUCCACCCCCGCUGCGGUGGGUGCGUCAAACAUGCCGUUGCCUGCGACUUUGAGAACCCCUCCGUCCUCGUCGAUAUCCUUGCUGCUGAAGCCGCGCUGUCGCCGCUGAGCCCUUCUAUCGCUGCGACAAGCCCCUCCACACCGGCCGCCUCGAUCGACUUCGGAUCCUUCCCUGGCCCCUCCGCUCCGGCUACACCGCUCUACCGCGCCCCGUCGACCCCGGGCCUGUCAUCGACCACGCCCCCUAGCCACCGUCUGCUCGAGCUGAGGCUCAUGCACCAGUAUACGGCCAUGACUUGCAAGACCAUCACCUUCACCGCGCCCGUGACGGAGGAAAUAUGGAGCAUCACGGUACCCAACCUCGCCUUCUCAGGGUCUCAGCACCUAGCCGACGCCAUUCUCGCCGUGGCCGCUCUCCACCUGCGCAGCAUAACCCCCAAUGACAGGGAGCUGGUUCGGGCCUCGCACGCCUACAUGGCAGCCACGCUCGCAGAGUACAGUGCUGCUCUCACCAAGGGCAUUGAUCAUACAAAUGCCGAGUCGUUGUUUCUCACCUCGGCCCUGAUCGCGUUCCAGUCGACAGCGACUCGCGUUUUCAUGAAGGACGAGCUAAGCAUAGAGGGUAGCAGUGGCAUAAAUUUAGGGGGCAAAGACCGCCAAAGCUCGGCAGCCGGGAGCUACACCAUCCCCUUCUCGUGGUUCCACUCCUUUCAGGGCGUCAAGGCAAUCACGGCAGCAUCGUGGCAGUACCUGCGCGUGAGCCCUGUGGCCACGCAGGUAAUCAACUCGCAGGCCGUCUUGCAGCUUGACUUCUCCGCCGGGCCUGACACCUUCUUCGGCCAUCUCUUGGAUGGCCUGGACGAAGAACUGGCCGCCCUGGGCUCCGGUUCUUCGUCGCCCAACAUCAACUUGUACCCGCCCAUGGGCAACGGCGCACCGCCCGAAGGCGAGCGCCGAGGCAGCGCCUCUGCCGACCCGGCCCUGAUUGCGAGCACGCGCCAGGCCUACCAGCAUGCUGUGGCCGUUUUGAACUGGGCGCACAAGAUUCCGCACAAGGGCGCGCCGCUCGCCUUUCCCGCCACGGUGUCGCGGCGCUACAUUGAGCUGCUGGAGGAGCGGCAGCCGCGUGCCCUCGCUAUCCUGGCGUGCUUCUUUGCACUGCUCAAGUCAAUGGACCGCGUCUGGUGGCUGCAGGGCAUGGCGCGCCGCGAGGUGCUCGGCGUGGUGAGCAUCUUCAACAGCGACUUCUUCGGCCCUGAGGCGUACCGCGAGUGGUGGCCGCAUCUCGAGUGGGCCAUGCAGAUCGCCCUGUACGAGCACACGGGCAGCGGACCCAUACCGGCCGACGUCUGGGGCGCCGACUGGUACGCCGAAGAGGCCGCCCUGGCUCGCGGACAGGAGCCCGGCGGCUACUUUCGCCACAUUGAGCUGUUGAGCCAGAUGGGGUCGAUAUAAUGAACCCCUC